GAUUGCGGCACAGUCUGCGGUGCUGACUCUGGUCUCUUGACUCUCUCCUUCUCCUUCCUUUUUCUGUGCCGCUCCUUCGCUUCUUGCUCUCGCACUCACGCUGUUUGUCACUCUUACUCUGUCUCUCUCUCUCACUCUGUCUCUCUCUUCCCUCUCUCUCUUCCUUCCUCUCACAAGCCUUCAUUCCACCACAGUUGUGCAGACAUGGCUGAAGCGUUUGCAGGCACAUGGAACCUCAAGCAGAGCAAGAACUUUGAUGACUACAUGAAGGCGCUGUCUGUGGGUUUUGCCACGCGUCAGGUCGCCAAUAUGACCAACCCCACCACCAUCAUCUCGGUGGACGGCGACAAGGUGAAGCUGCAGACCACGAGCACCUUCAAGAACACAGAAAUCAACUUUAAGCUGGGGGAGGAGUUUGACGAGACCACCGCCGACGACAGGAAAGUAAAGUCCGUGGUGACGAUAGAAGGUGGUAAGCUGGUGCACAUCCAGAAGUGGGACGGCAAAGAGACCAGUCUGGUCAGGGAAAUCGACGGAAACAAUCUCACACUGACACUGACUCUGGGAGACGUGGUAUCCACGCGCCACUACGUGAAGGCUUAGUGAUCGCAGUCUUCCUAACCCAUCCAUCUUCCUUAUUAUUCACAUCAGCCAAAGCUCCAGACCCUAUAGCCUGACUACACUGUAACCCCGGGCCUAACACACCCUUUUGUAUGGACUACGUGUCCAUUCCCCGCGAUACCUCAUUGAGUCUCCCAGUUAUUAACUUAGACAUCGCUUAGACCCCCCCCCCUUUGUCCCUCUCUUUGUACUUAACAUACCUCAAUGAGAAACACCGAAUAAAUUCC